AUGUCCAUUAAGGGGGAUUUAUCUGAUCAGGUGGUAACCGACCUGAUAGAGAGGCUAAAGGAGGCUAUACUUAGCCUUUUUAUCGCUAUCCUUAGCCAGCCAAUCAAAGACUCGGAGUAUAAUAGCAUUCUGGUCUCUUUCCUUGCCGUGUUAAGUAUUGCACCUGAUGGGUCUUGGCACAGCUUUGACACAUUCACACCCUGGCUUUCCGGUAUCGUGUCAGUAUCUCGUCUGUUUAUCCUAAGAGAGGCCUAUCAGAUCAGACAGUCCGAGAUCAAAGCGAAUAUCGAAUUAGGCUCUUCUCUCGAAAACGCAACAGCGGCUUCUACCGGCAUCCCCAGGCACGUCCAGAAGCUGACAGGCAAACUUUUAGUGAACGACACACCGAGGUCUGAGUCUAUGCCAAUGCAGUAUGUCUUCCGGCUCCGUAAUUAUGGAAUUACGGCAAAAAGCAAUACUGCAUCUCCCGGCCUCAUCAGCUGGAAGGGUUCCAACCUCUUCUUCAAAGGUACUCAGCUCUCCCUUUCCUCGCUGACCAUACUCCUGCAGCCCACCAUUAUAAAUGCACGCCGCAUUCUCUAUCAGGACCUUCUAUUUCAGCCAUUUAACCCGGCGGACGAUACCCAGCCAGCUACCGUUCCUCCCAUCCCGUGGGCCAAGUUACAGUCUCACGUCAGCCAAGACCAAGCAGGCUUUUCCAUUGCCGAUGGCCUAUUUACUGCUGUACAGGGUAGCGAGAACUGGCUGUUAUCCACCAUUACAGGUCGUCCCGAUCUAAAGGCCAAGUGGUAUCCCUCCUCGACCGGCACCUCUCUCGCUCCUAACGUCAGAGUGUUAUCCAGCUACCUCAAACUAGUGGAUCAGUUACUCGAGCACCUCCUCUUCCUCAUACACCUCACCGCCGGCCUCCCAGCUCGAUCCACCGAGAUCCUCACCCUGAGGCAUACCAAUACCGCUGCCGGUGGACUUCGAAACAUUUUUAUCGACCAGGACCUCGUGGUGAUCGUUAUCGGCAUCCACAAGACUCUCACCAAGACACAGUGGCUUAAAAUCGUCCAUCGAUUUCUACCGGAAGAGGUUAGAACCAUACUGAUAUAUUACCUCUGGCUUAUCGUCCCGUUCAGCACCGCCUCGCUGCUAAACCUGCCUUGCAACCAAGACUGCAUCCGAUCACCCUUCUUAUGGUUAACAUCUGGCUUGGGCGAAUCCGAAGAGUUCUUCAAGGCGAAGCAGGUCCGAUCAUCUGAUCGGUUACUAGACAGCUUCAGGGUGAGGGCGGGCUUUCCAGUCAUGAAGGAAAAGGUGCCCCCCACCCGAGAAGAUGACGAUACCCUGACCAUCCAGGCCGUCGACGGAAGACGUGUCAACCCUUCCACCAAGCCGUUCACUCCUACAAGAAUGACCCGGAUCAUCGGCCGGUUCGGCAACACAGCAGGCAUCGAUUCUCUCGGCAUAAGCUCCUGGCGCCACAUCGCAGUAGCCAUCGGCCGACGGUUUAUAUGUGACACGUCCAUCAUCAGCCAGGGCCUCUUCUCUGACGCUACCGGGGAGGACAGUGACAGCGACGCAUCCGAUCGGGAGGUGCACGGUGAGAAGGAAACGACUAUGACCCUGCAGACCGGCCACACGGCCCGGACGAAUGCGAUGCUCCCUGCCGCCGCCCACCCCUCCGGAGUCACGAUCGUGGUGGUGCCGCUGGUCUCCCUCCAGGGCGAUCUGCUCGAGCAGACCAGGAAGAUGAACAUACCGGCCGCCCAGUGGAAAUCUGAUCAGAUGGUCGGCGAUGCGAGACUGGUGUUUGUGACACCCGAGACCCUCUUCACGAAGCACUUUCAAGCGUAUCUGGACAUCCUAUACUCUCAAGCCUUGCUCGACCGUAUCGUCAUCGACGAGUGUCACACCAUCUUGGAAGGAAACCUAGGUUUCAGGCCGAAAUUGAGAGAGCUUGGUCUUCUAGGCAGGCGAGACGUCCAACUGGUAUUCCUCACAGCCACCCUGCCCGUCACGGAGGAGUCACGCUUCUUCAAGCUCAUCUACAGCUCGCCCGAGGCCGCCAAGUUCAUCCGGCUGCCCACCACCCAGCCAAACAUCAGCUACUCGGUCAGGACGUUUGGUCUUGAAGGCGCUAAUGAUAUCGCCACCCUCAAGGUUAUAGCCGUCCGGGAAGUAGUUGAUCAGGUACUUGCACGUCACGGCGGCGCCUCAAAGGCCAUCGUUUACUGCUCAACAAGGUCAGAGACCCGAUCCCUCGUCGACGGUCUCGGAUGUGACGCCUACUACAGUGAUAUCGGCACGGAUGCCGAAAAGGCGAGCCGUUUACGCAGCUGGAUGCACGACCCACGACCCGAGAUGUAUCAGAACGGCCGGGUGAUUGUUGCAACGAAUGCCCUCGGUCUCGGCAUUAACAUACCCGACAUCCGACUCGUUCUUCACCUUGAUAUGCCAAGACGGAUCGGCGACUACGGCCAGCAGAGUGGUCGUGCAGGAAGAGAUGGCCUGCCCAGCGAGGCCGUCAUCCUCAGACCAGAACGGCCACGGCAGAGGCAACUAUCUGAUCAGAUGGGGGCCGACACGAAGCUUGACCCCAGCUGCCGUGAGUUCCUCCGUGGCGGUCAAUGCCGACGUGUGGCCCUUGAUCGAGCUCUGGAUGGCCGUCAGGACAGGCAGGCAUGCGAAGACGGAGAGGAAAGGUGUGACUUUUGCCGAGCCAAUCUGCCAGCAUCAACAGACACGCCGCCAGGUCCGACCUCCUCUGGCCAGGAGGACUGCGAGACGCAAGACUUACGCCUACGCCAACUCACUACAAGCCUUGUUGAAGUAUCUGAUCACGUGCCGUUGGCCUGCACCUAUGUCAAGAAAAGUGCCAGAGAUGAUCUCAAGGCCUGUUUCCGCCAGGUUAAUUCCCUCCAGCACUACUUCAAACAGAAGAAAAAGACGAGCAGGGUGGAACAGACACUCCGUGAUGAGGGUUUCCAAGAUACGAUCCCACCGCCUCUAGCCCAUGGAAGUGAUCAGGAGAAGCUACGGGCGUGGCUGGGCGAGAGGGUCAGUUGGGCCAAGGUCAGUUCAAUCCGGGUAUGUCGUGUUUUUGGGAAGCUAGGUAAGGGUUCCUGGUAUCAGAACUAUCAGAUCAGUUACCUGGCCAUGCUUGACCACCGUGUGCUGUCCGUGUUGGCUCCGACGGAAUUAUUUCACCACGCCGUCAGAGAGAGAAACGGGGAAAUCCCUACACCUACAGCCACAUCUUAG